AUGGCAAGUUCCCUCUAUCAGCCUCUGGAUUUGCGGGGCUGCUGUGUGCUCAUCACUGGGGCAACAGCAGGCAUCGGCCGUGCUACGGCCUGGCGCUACGCGGAGCUGGGUUGUAAGCUGGCCAUCUGCGGCCGGCGUAGCGAGCUCCUGGAGGAGCUCAAGAAUCAGCUCGUGGAAAAGUUUCCGGGGCUUCCAGCUCCCAUCACCGUGGCCCUGGACGUCCAAGAUUGCGACAAAAUCGCCAAGUUGCCGGACCAGCUAAAGGAUGCUGGUAUGCCUGAUGUGGACAUCCUGGUCAACAACGCUGGGCUUGCCUUGGGAGUCGCGAGCGCGAUCGAGAAUGAGCUUGCAAACAUCCAGACGAUGCUUGCCACUAAUGUGCAGGCUGUGAUGUUGCUUGUGGCGACAUUUGGCCCCAAGAUGAAGGACAGAGGUCAGGGGCACAUCGUCAACAUCUCAUCCGUUGCAGGACACGAGUGCUACGUCGGUGGCUCUGCCUACUGUGCCACCAAGCAUGCCGUCAACGCGUUUACAAUCGCCACACGCCAUGACUUGGCGGGCACCCCUAUCAGGGUGACGGCGAUCAGCCCAGGCAUGGUCGAGACGGACUUCUCAAAGGUCCGCUUUGGUGGCGACGACUCGAAAGCCGCCAAGGUCUAUGAGAACAUCGUCCCCCUGGUGGCCGAGGACAUCGCAGAUCAGAUUAUCUACGCCACCACCCGCCCGAGGCAUGUGCAGAUCGCAGACAUCAUCUCCUACGCAACCAACCAGGUGGUGAGAAGUCACCAGUACAGCUAA